CUAUUAUAGGAUCUGAAAACAAUUUUCUAGGAAGGAGAGAAAGUCAGGGUAAAGAAGGUUGUUUGAUUUCAAAACAGAAUAAGAGAUCCUAAAACAUCCAAACUGCAAAUCUCAGACGGCAUAAUACAGAAUCAUGGUCUCAAAAGGUUCUAGCAUCCUUAGCUUGGUAAAAUCACACACCCAGAUAAGUACAAUCACCAUCAUCGGAACUGGCACUGUCUACCUUCUGUAUCGUAUUUGGAAACCAAAAGAGCAACCCCAGAAAGAAAAUGAACAUGGUGAACUGAGAACUCAAAUAGAGCAACUGCAGAAAACAAUUGAGCAACUCCAGAAAGAAAUUGAAAAAGCAAAAGCUUUGGAAGCAGGUGCUAGUAGUUCUAGAUCAAAAAUAUUGCAUCGCUGGAUGAAUAUAAUUAUGAUCAUCAACAGUGGCACUAGUUUCUUCAUUGUUUGGAAGGCAAAAGGUGCUAGUAUCUCUAGCUCAAAAAUGUUCCAUCACUGGAUGGAUAUCAUCACCAUCAUCAACAUUGGCACUACUCUCUUCUUUCUUUGGAAUGCAAAAGAAAAAGCGAAACCUUCAGAAGCAGAACAUGAUGAACCGAGAACUCAAAUAGAGCAACUGCAGAAAACAAUUGAGCAACUCCAGAAAGAAAUUGACCAACUCCAGACCGAACUUCACCAACUCCAGAAUGAACUUGAAUGGAGAAAGGCUCGUAAUGAGACAGAUGACAUCACUCUUGAUGCCGGAACAGCCCACCCCAACCUCUCCUUUGCUGGGGAUAAGAAGAGUUUGAAACAUGAAGCCCAACCUCAAAAAGUUCCAGCAAAUCCAGAGAGGUUUGAUUCGACUGUCUGUGUGUUGGGUUUGAUAGGAUUCUCUUCUGGAAAGCACUACUGGGAGGUGGACGUUAAGCAGAUCAGUGACUGGGACCUGGGAGUGGCCAAAGAAUCAAUACAGAGAAAAGGAAAACUUUCCUUAUCCCCUAAAGAGGGAUUCUGGGCUCUGGGUCUGAGUGGGAGAGAUUAUUGGGCAAAAACAGAUCCAUGGACCCAGGUCACGGUGCAGAAAAAGCCCCAGAAAAUUGGAGUUUACCUUAAUUACCAAGAUGGGCGGGUGACCUUUUUCAAUGUAACUGACAGGUCUGUGUUGUUCACAUUUAAUGAUUGUUCAUUCUCAGGAAAGGUUUAUCCAUUCUUUAAAAAUUCCCACAAAGAAACAACAAUGAGAGUUUGUUCAAUUAAAGAAGAGUAAUCAAUUUAAAAUGCCAUGAUGUUCCGUUUUCUUGACCGAACACAGCCAAAGCCCUGUGCUGCUUCAUGGCACUGUUGACCAGACUGAAUCAAAGUCACAGAACACUUUGCAGUUAGAAGAAAGGUGAUUUGGAAUAACAUUCCCUGUGAAAUUAUAGUUACAAAUAUUGCUAAUGCUGCAGAGGUGGAUCCCCAAAUAAGGAAUGGAACUGUACUGGAGUCUCACAAACAGAGCUAUUAAUGAUGAAAGUAAUUUUUUUCAUUGCUAACUUCCAGUUUAUCUGGAUUAGGUGUAUUAGCAGCUAAGAGUAAGCAAAUAAUGUCCUAUACUAAUGUUUCUUUGCUAAACCGAAUAACCAAUCUUUGAGUCAGGUAUAAAUACAGAUGGGGAAUGCACCCGGUCUUGAGAAAGCUUGACCAGUUGCACUGCUGUCUUCAAGAUGGGUUGGUAAUUGAUUGACUUUUCCUUUCUGUAUUAUGUUGUACUAAUUUUGAUUAAUAAUUUUUGAUUAAUUAAAGUUGAUUGAGCCUAGUUA